CGUAGUGAUUGUUAGGGUCUUACGAAAUGAAUCUGGUGUCCGAGUAACGUCAGACCAAGUCUUAAGAGUCAACACCAGUCUGUGAAUGUUCAAGCCCCAGAAGAAGAGGAAGUGACUCCCUCGCCUGAAUCGACAGCCACAACUCCUGACGCGCACUUCCUACUGUCGCUAGCAUGAAGUCCUCGUCUUUCUCUCUGCGCAUCAUGCGAAGGCCAUCGGAUCAGCCGCAGGCUCGCUCCAAGGCGGGGUCGAUUGAGCCUGUUGGCAAGGGCUCACAGUCAUCCAAGGCGCUGCCCCAAAAGGGCUCGCAGAAGGGCAACGGCAAGGGCGGAAAGGGCAAGAAGGGCAAGAAGGGUCGUCACCAGCAGUAUGAUCUGAUCGUCACCAUCGACUUGGUGGAGUACGGCCUAACUGAGGAGCUGGUGGCAGAGUUCAAGGAGGCGUUCAUGCUGUUCGACAAGGACGAGGAUGGGGUGAUCAACAUGAACGAGCUGGGCGUCAUGAUGAAGACGCUGGGCCAGCGGCCGACAGAAACUGAACUAGAAAAAAUGGUAUCAACGGUGGAUCAAGAGGGUACGGGGCAAAUAGAGUUCAACGAAUUCUUACAGAUGAUGGCUAAGAAGAUGGCAGGCAUGGAGAGUGAAGAGGAACUGAAAGAAGCCUUCAAGGUGUUUGACAAGGACGAGGACGGCCUGCUGACCGUUGGUGAGCUGCGGCACAUCAUGACCUCCAUGGGGGAGAAGAUGAGCAACGACGAGGUGGACGACAUGAUCCGAGAAGCCGAUAAGAACGGCAAUGGCAAGAUAAAUUAUGAAGAGUUCGUGCGGGUUCUGAUGAACCACGGCUCGCCGUGCAAGUAGAGAUGAGCUGUGGGCGACCUCACGUGAUGCUGCACGUGCCUGCGGACGCCGUCUGCUGCUGUCGACUCCGGGGGUCGUGGCUCCUGACGCGGCGGCGACCUGACCCCAGACCACGCCGACCGAGCGGCGCCCCGGCGCCGGCCAGCUCAGCCGGCCACGUGGUCGGCACCGGAGGCCGUGUUUUCGCAUCGGCCGCCGUCACGUGACCUCCGGCCGGCCGGCCCGCCCUGUCGUUGUUGUGCGUUCGAUGUUGGCUUCGGCCCGGCUCGUUCCCAUGUGGGGCCAGACUGAGGUGCUGUCGGGGUGUCCCAAGGCCGAGACGGGCAACGGCGAGCCGGCCGACAGGCGCUGCACCGCCGACGGAGUCGAGACGGUCCCGGCAUGGGCGCGGACUGAGCGUGGGCGCGUGCUUGUGGACGAGGUGUGUUUGUUAUCGCCGUCUGGGCGAGCGUGUCGCCUGAUGUUGAGAGCGGCGGGGGUUGGAUAUUGUCUCACUCUGCACCAGCGGUGGUCGGCGUCGGGUGUAAGCCUGGUCGGCGUCGGAUGUAAGCCCGGCUCAUCUGGUGUUAAAAGGCGGCCAGCUGGUGCCGAUGGCCCUCAGCUGGCUCUUGCUGAGCGCCACCGCGGACUUCAUUUCUCGUAAUGCUUCUGGGGACUCGGAAGCCGGUCCCAGAGGACCGCGGCACGCAAAGGCAGCGGAAGCCGCACCGAAGCCUUGGCGAGGCUUAUGUAAUUAGUCGGCAGGGAACGUAUUUGAAAUUUCAGCGGGAAUAAAGCGGGACUAAUGUCUUCGUAAUGACUUCUGUUGAACUUUGUCUCAUGUCCCGUUGUUUGGAUUUCAUAAUCAGUCCUGCUCGACAUCCUCACCCAUUGUGUUCCGGAAUUAGACGGUCGUGCUGGCCUGAUGUGGGAAGUGCGGCCAACUCCAUCUUCGCAGGCUCCGCUGCACCCUCACCCGGCCGGUCCAUUUUCGGCCUCAGUCCACCUAACUAUCGCCGCACUUGUCCGCCUUAGCGAAUCGUGCAAAGUUCGGCUGGUCACUGCUGGAAAGUUGGUGCCGAUUGGUCGCC